CUGGGCUCCGCCGCUAGGCGGUUGGCGGGGCGGGUUCUUGGUUGUGCUGCCGCCGGAGGAACCCAGGUCCCCGGCCGAGCCCGCCCCGGGAGCGCUUUCAGUCGGCACAAACAUGGCUGCGGCCCUGCGAUCUGCGGGCGUCCUGCUCCGCGAUCGGCUGCUGUGUGGCGGCUCAAGGGCCUGUCAGCCGUGGAGGUGCCAGUCGGGUGCGGCCACAGCGGCAGCGGUCACGGAAACCGCCCAGCGCGCCAGAAGCCCCAAGCCUCAGGCUCAGCCGGGGAACAGGAAGCCGAAGACUGGAAUACUGAUGCUGAACAUGGGAGGCCCUGAAACCGUCGAAGAAGUUCAGGACUUCCUUCAGAGGCUCUUCUUGGAUCAAGACCUCAUGACACUGCCUGUCCAAAAUAAGCUGGGACCAUUCAUCGCCAAACGCCGAACCCCCAAAAUUCAGGAGCAGUACCGCAGGAUCGGAGGCGGAUCGCCCAUCAAGAUGUGGACCUCCAAGCAGGGGGAAGGCAUGGUGAAGCUACUGGACGAGCUGUCCCCGCACACAGCCCCACACAAAUACUAUAUUGGAUUCCGGUACGUCCACCCGUUAACAGAGGAAGCAAUUGAAGAGAUGGAGAGGGACGGCCUGGAGAGGGCGGUUGCUUUCACACAGUACCCCCAGUACAGCUGCUCCACCACAGGCAGCAGCUUAAAUGCCAUUUACAGAUACUAUAAUGAAGUGGACAAGAAGCCCACGAUGAAGUGGAGCACGAUUGACAGGUGGCCGACGCACCCCCUCCUCAUUCAGUGCUUUGCUGACCAUAUUCUGAAAGAGCUGGAUCACUUUCCUCCUGAGAAGAGACGCGAGGUGGUCAUUCUUUUUUCUGCUCACUCCCUGCCAAUGUCUGUGGUCAACAGAGGGGACCCCUAUCCUCAGGAGGUGGGCGCCACUGUCCAGAGAGUUAUGGACAAGCUGGGUUACUCCAACCCCUACCGGCUGGUUUGGCAGUCCAAGGUUGGCCCAAUGCCCUGGCUGGGUCCUCAGACAGACGAGGCCAUCAAAGGGCUUUGUAAGAGGGGAAGGAAGAACAUCCUUUUGGUUCCAAUAGCGUUUACCAGCGAUCACAUCGAAACGCUCUAUGAGCUGGACAUCGAGUACUCUCAAGUUCUAGCCAAUGAGUGUGGACUUGAAAACAUCAGAAGAGCGGAGUCUCUUAAUGGAAACCCACUGUUCUCAAAGGCCCUGGCCGACCUGGUCCACUCACACCUCCAGUCCAAGGAGCGCUGCUCCACGCAGCUGACCCUGAGCUGUCCGCUCUGCGUGAACCCCACCUGCAGGGAGACCAAAUCCUUCUUCACCAGCCAGCAGCUGUGACCCCGGCAGCUCGCCGCUGGGAGGUGCAGGUGCCCGGCCUCCUGACACCUCCGAGGCGGAGGAGGGUGCAUCCGGCCAUUAGGGAGGAUGUUACAUCCGUGCGGGCAUAGCCUCUGGCCACAAACUGUGUGCUUUCUCCAGGAAGGGACUCUGAAGAACUUCUUGAGGGCUUUCUAUUUUUAUAGACCAACACAGUAAGCAUUUAUGGUCCCUUCUCCCUGGGUUAAGUUACUAGUUUGGAAUGUCCACUAGACCAUUUUUUAAAAUGAGUUUUAAAAAUUUAUCUUCUGAGAUGCACACACAUUCUCAGUACCGAUUUUGGUUUUGUAGCAACCCCCACCCCUAAAAAAACAACCCAACCCUGCAAGGGUGUGAAGAGUUUGCUUUGUGGGCUGUCAGUGUGCAUGGUGGGGGUGGGGGUGUAGUCGCUCAGUCAUGUCCGGCUCUUUGCGACCCACGGACUGUAGCCCCCAGGCUCCUCCAUCCAUGGGAUUCUCCAGGCAAGGAUGCUGGAGUGGGCUGCCAUUUCCUUCUCUAGGCAGUGUGCGUGAGGUCUGUUUAAAGUCUUGCACUUGUGUUUUGAAGUGAACAUAGCUGAGUAAAGGAGAUAUAAUUUUAGAAAAGAAAGGCGCCCGCUCUUUCCCUCAGCCCAUGGGUUACGGAAUGCCUGUCUGAUGGUAUGGUUCCCACAGUGACUGCUCCUGGGACGUCACUGUUAAUUGGUCAUUUUGGUCUUCGUGUGUGAUCCUCACGAUCCUUACCAUCAAACCUAAUCACAUGUAGGUUCCACAGGUGCCUUGAGACCCCCAGGCACACAUGGCUGAUAAGCGUGUAGCAGCUGCGAUUUGUCCUCCCCACCUUGGUGGGAAUCCUGGUGGCAGGAGAGAGGGCUCCUGAUUGCUGUCUCCAGGGGCAAUGCAGCUGGAAAUGAAGGGCUGCCUGCCCACAGCUCCCGGACCUCUCCACCCAGCAUCAUCUUCAUCUUGGUUGAAUGUUCCCUUUCCUGCCUUAUUUGUCUGAAGAUUUUUGAAAAGCCAACUAUGUUUUAUAACCUCAAAUUCUUUCUUAAUUUACAAUUUUUAUUAUAAAAAUUAUGUAACCAUGCUAUAGGAAAUUUGGAGAAAAGGAAAAGAACCACUCUAAUGUGACAAAUAGUAUUAUAUUUCAUGUUAAGUCAUUUUCAGUGGAUAUUUAAGAUGCCAUUGUACAACUUUGUUCUGCAAAAAAGCAUUUAUUUGAUUUUUUAAGCCAGUGAAAGUGUUCAUGGAGCCAUAGAUCUUCUAUAUUCAGGAUUUACUAUAUUAAUAAAUAUGAUAUUAUUCACAUUUU